AUGGCCUCCUGGUUCAGCUGGAACGAGCCUUAUUACCGGAGCCCCCGGCGGGACCCGGCCGACGUGGUCACUGACACCUUGAUGUUGGAGUUCAGCUGGCAGCUAAAGGAGGCGGAGAGGCUGCACAAAGAGAGAGAGAAUGAAUACCGGCGCCUCAAGACUGGAGUGGACUACAGCUGGCUGGUCAGCACACCUCGCUCAUCUUACAGCAUCAGCACUGGAGAGAGGCUCGGCUUGGAGGACCUCUGUGCCAAGGUGCCCCCUUCCUGUUGCGGGCUGGUCAUACUCAAGUUUCGUGAGGUAAUGCAGGCCAACGAGCCCGAGGCGCAGGAGGUGUCCGGCCUCUUCCGCUCCGUCCUCAUGGAGGCUCUUGACCACCUGAAGGAGGAGGAGGAGGCGCAGCGGCUUGCCCGCCAGUGGAACAACAAACGUGCCAUGAGCAUGUCCCUCGUAAACUUUAGGUCCCGGAUCAAGAUCAACCCAUUCGGCAGCACUGUGGGCCUGACCUCAGAGGUGGCUGAAGGAGCAGGGAUGAGCGACCUCAAAACCGUGUCAGAAGAUGUGGAGAAAGGGAUGGAGAGGGGUGAGAGGUCACCAAGGGUGUGGAGCAUGCCUGACUUCAGAUACAAAGGAGCAAACAGCAGUAAGGUUGUCUGA